UCAUUGUAGAAUAUACUAUAAUUUAGCACCAAGUAGUUCAAUAGUUAUUUCAUUGUAGGAAUACCAUAAUUGACUUAGGAAUGGUCUUGGCGUCUAAUUUGAAAGGUCUAUAUAUGCUUUGUGUUGCAACGCAGAUUUUGAUUGAAUCCAAGAGAAGUAGAAGAAAAUCAUAAGUGAUUAAUGGAGAGCCCUUUGUUGAGCAACGAUGAUGAGCACAUCGUCGACAUCGACAUGACAGCCGAUGACUAUGCUUCAUUAAUUUAUACGCUAGUAUCAAUUCCAAUUGCAAUUGCUUUGAACUCGAUUGAGUUUGUUAUGACCUUGGUCCAGAUUGUCGUAGCCAUACUAGUUGUGAAAGGAACAAAAGGUGAAUAUCCAGAAGCAACAUGGAUCCUCGUCUAUGCUUAUGGUAGUAUUGCCAAUCUCCCUAUUCUUUGUUGGCGUUUCUGGCAGAUCCGUCAUCCUGUCUCACACUUAAGAAUCAACCGAGUCAUGUUUCGUUUGAGGACGAUAUUUGAAUGUUUCUUUGCGGGUUGGUUCGUGGUGUUCUUCUGGGUCUUUGUUUGCAGCUCAUCAUCUCUAGACCAUUCUAGUCAACUCUUCUGGUUAUGUGUGGUUUUCCUUGUUUUCGGUUGCAUUCGAUAUGUGCUCCCUAUGGUAAUAUGUGCAGCGACGUGUUGCUGUGUGUUUAUGACGUUAUGUUUUAACGCCGUUAACACUUGAGGAUCGGAGUGAUUAAACUCGUUGUGUCACUUAUCCGUGGAUUCCUUGCGAGAUACAAAUGGUGGAUCAUGUUGUUAUCUUAUUUCCUUUGCUCAAAAGUUGUUGCAAUGCUCUUUGUUUUUCUCUUUUUUGAAUGAAAUUGUUUCUUUGUUUGAAAUAAAGCCAAGUGUCAUUACUGAAUCUUCUCGUCUUGCAUGUGUAUCAAAUUACCUCGGCAAGAGAACAUUUUAAUCAUCUGCAUUUUCCACAAGUCAA